GUAAAAGAUUCGUAAUUCGCCGAAAGUUUGAAAAAAUAAUUGUGAAAGGCCAGAUCCCGAUGCUUUAAUACACUUAACAGGGAAAGACUAGUAUCCUCUAGUUUAUUCAAAAGAGCGUAAAAAUGGUUAGCAGUAGCUAUAAUGUUUCAAUACAAGGUCCUUCGGAUCCUGCUGAAAACUUCAAAAAAUCAGAGGGUUUGCCAGGACCAAGCGACUUUCAGGGAACACGAAAUGAGAGUCGUACUACAGAAAAGAAGUAUCCUUAUUUGGAGCUGUUUCGCUAUGCCAGCAUAUGGGAUCGUCUGAUAAUGGUCAUCGGUAUGCUUGCGGCAUCGCUGUCUUCAAUUUGCGUGCCAUACAAUGUCAUCAUUUACGCCGAAUUCACCACUUUGCUCAUAGAUCGCGAUGUGGGCAUUGGCACUUCAACGCCUGCACCAAUCUUGAAUAUUUUCGGCGGUGGCAAGACGCUCACAAAUGCAACUCACGCCGAGAAUAUGCAGGCUGUUAAAGAUGAUGCGCUGGCUUUUGGCUUGGGGACGGUGGCUGGUUGCAUGGUCCAACUAUUGCUUUUAAGUUUGGCAGUCAUGAUAUUGAAUAAAGUAGCGCUCAGACAGAUCGCGAAAAUUCGAAAAUUGUUUUUGGAGUCCAUAUUACGUCAAGAUAUGUCUUGGUAUGACACUUCUGCCGGUAAUGCCUUCGCCAACAAAAUGACAGAAGAUUUAGAUAAAAUGAAGGAGGGCAUGGGCGAAAAAGUCGCAAUGUUUGUAUUUCUCAUAACGACGUUYGUYGCGGGAGUUAUCUUCUCUUUUGUCUAYGGCUGGCUCUUAACACUGAUAGUGAUCACUUGCUGUCCAUUCAUUAUUGUUUCUACCGCGCUGGUGGCUAAAAUUCAGGGCACYUUCACAGAAAAGGAGUUGAAGGCUUACUCGAAUGCCGGUGCGGUCGCUGAAGAAGUCUUCUCGGGCAUACGUACUGUACUUGCCUUUAGCGGUGAACGCAUAGAAACUGAGAGAUUUGGCAAAUUGCUGGUGCCAGCUGAGAAGAUUGGUCGAAAGAAAGGCUUUUACUCCGGUGUCGGCUCCGGCAUUAUGUGGUUCAUCAUUUAUAUUGCCUAUGCGAUCGCUAUAUGGUUUGGAAUUAAAUUGAUAUUGAAAUAUCGCUAUAUGGAUGAUAAAUUAUACACGUCGGGUUCGCUGGUUAUCGUACUUUUCAGCAUCAUCAUGGGUGCACAGAACUUGGGUUUCUCACUGCCACAUGUGGAGGCAUUYGCAACGGCAAAGGGUGCGGCACAAAAUGUCUUUGCCACCAUCGAUCGCAAGUCAGCGAUUGAUCCGUUAAAUGAGAGUGGUGAMAAAUUGGAGAAUGUGAUCGGUGACAUAAGUUUCGAAAAUUUACAUUUCCGUUAUCCAGCACGAUCCGAUGUACAAGUACUCAAGGGCUUCUCUUUGGAAGUUCGCGCUGGACAAACCGUUGCGUUAGUGGGACCAUCUGGUUGUGGUAAGUCCACCACACUACAGUUGUUACAGCGUUUCUAUGAUGCGCCCAGUGGUUGUGUACGUCUYGAUGGGCGUGAUCUCCGUGGAUUGAACGUSGGGUGGUUACGUUCACAAAUAGGUGUAGUCGGUCAGGAACCAGUAUUAUUCGCUACUACCAUUCGUGAAAAUAUACGYCAAGGCAAAACCACAGCGACACAAGAAGAAAUCGAGCAAGCCGCACGUAUGGCCAAUUGUCACGAAUUCAUACUCAAACUACCUAAUGGUUAYGACACGAUGGUGGGCGAACGUGGCGCUCAAAUGUCUGGUGGCCAGAAGCAACGUAUAGCCAUUGCACGUGCACUCAUACGGAACCCGAAGAUAUUGUUGCUGGAUGAGGCAACCUCAGCUUUAGAUCCCACAUCCGAGCGUCGUGUGCAGGAUGCGCUCGAUGUGGCCAGUCAAGGACGUACCACGUUGGUGGUUUCACAUCGUCUUUCGACAGUGACAAAUGCUGAUUUGAUUGUGUUUGUCAAAGACGGUAUGGUGGCUGAGCAGGGUACACACGAUGAACUUAUGCGCUCGGGUGGUCUUUACUGUAAGUUGGUAAUGAUAUCGAAACGUAAGGAAGAAGAAGAGGCUUUGGCGAACACCUCCAAUGCAGUGCGACAGCGUAAGCAACAAGCUGGCGAUUGUUCGAACGUGCAGGGUGCAACGGGUUCGCGCAUYGGCAUCAUUGUGCAAGCAAUCUCUACUCUAACCAUCGGCGUAAUUCUAUCGUUUACAUACUCCUGGAAUUUGACACUGGUCACUCUGCUUACYGUGCCGCUCGUGUGUGCGUGCAUACUUUUCGAAGCACGAUUUAUGGAGGCGAGUACGAAUGUAGAGCGGCUAGCAAUUGAAGAUGCGUCGCGUGUUGCGGUGGAGGCAAUAGCUAACAUACGCACUGUAACCAGUCUGGGCCAGGAACGCCAUGUGCUUGAGCGCUAUUGCGAGCAAAUAGACAAAGCCGAUAAGGCGUGUCGCAAGAAGGUGCGUUUCYGCGGUGUGGUCUACGGUAUGGGGCAAACGGCACCGUUCUUAGCCUAUGGCAUUUCUUUGUACUAUGGUGGUAUUCUAGUAGCCAAUGAUGAAAUACCGUAUGCGAAUAUUAUAAAAGUCUCCGAGGCUCUAAUUUUCGGCUCAUGGAUGUUAGGACAGGCUCUGUCAUAUGCGCCCAAUGUUAGCGCUGCCGUGCUGUCAGCAGGACGCUUACUAAAACUGUUUCAACGUACACCCGCUGUGUACAGUCCCGCAGAUAAGCCAUACAACACAACUAUGAAAUCUGGAGGCGACAUUACUUACGAAAACGUCGAUUUCAAUUACCCGAAUCGCAAAGGCAUAACUAUACUGCAGAACCUUAAUUUGACCAUCAAAGGCGGCACUACAGURGCYUUGGUUGGACCUUCAGGUUCGGGCAAAUCCACAUGUGUACAGCUGCUGUUACGUUAUUAUGAUCCUGUUCGGGGUAAAGUCAAUUUGAGUGGAGUACCAACAACGGAAUUCUCAUUCGAUAGCUUACGUUCCGGCAUGGGUCUAGUUUCGCAAGAGCCCGUUCUAUUUGACCGAACCAUUGCUGAAAAUAUCGCGUACGGCAACAAUUUCCGCACAGAUAUUCCGAUGGCUGAAAUUAUUGAAGCAGCCAAGAAAUCGAACAUACAUCAGUUCAUCACCUCCUUACCGCAAGGCUACAACACACGUUUGGGCAGCAAAGGCGCUCAACUGUCCGGGGGUCAGAAGCAACGCAUUGCCAUAGCACGCGCUAUGGUACGUAAUCCAAAGAUAUUGAUAUUGGAUGAGGCUACGUCUGCAUUGGAUAUGGAGAGUGAGAAGGUGGUGCAAGAAGCCCUUGAUGCGGCACGCAGUGGUCGUACUUGCCUUACCAUUGCGCAUCGUCUGACCACAGUGAGGGAUGCGGACCUAAUCUGUGUGCUGAAAAAAGGUGUGGUUGUGGAGAAAGGCARCCACGAAGAAUUAAUGGCAUURAAUGGCAUAUACGCAGAGCUGUAUAUGAUGCAGCAAGUGGCUUAACCAAUGGUUCCCCUUAGAAUUAUUGUUGGUAGUAACCUGAUAUCUACAUAAAGUCAAUUCGAUAUUAAUGUAGCAUUAACUUUAUUGUUAUUUUAUGUGUAAAAUAUAUAAAUACAUAGAAUUAAAACUAAA